UCCAACCAAUCAGCGCGCUCUCGUAGUAAGCUAGCGCGAGGUUGCGAGCCAAGCUUUUAGUUGUGAGCGGCGUGCGCAGGAUUCACACUAGGCGAACAAUACAGAUUCAAAAUGGCUAAAGGUGACCCGAGGAAGCCCAAAGGCAAGAUGUCGGCUUAUGCCUACUUUGUGCAGACGUGUCGCGAGGAACACAAAAAGAAGAAUCCUGAAAUCCCUGUUAACUUUGCAGAGUUUUCCAAGAAGUGCUCUGAAAGAUGGAAGACAAUGUCCGCAAAAAAGAAGUCUAAGUUUGACGAUAUGGCAAAGGUAGACAAAGUGAGAUAUGACAGAGAAAUGAAAGAUUUCGGACCAGUUAAGGGAGGCAAGAAAAAGAAGGAUCCAAAUGCCCCAAAGAGGCCACCAUCUGGUUUCUUCAUUUUCUGCUCUGAAUUCCGUCCCAAAAUUAAAUCCACAAAUCCUGGCAUCUCCAUUGGUGAUGUUGCAAAGAAACUGGGUGAGAUGUGGAACAACCUGGGUGAUGGUGAGAAGCAACCCUAUAACAACAAGGCUGGCAAGCUGAAGGAGAAAUAUGAGAAGGAUGUUGCUGACUACAAAUCCAAAGGAAAAGUUGACUGUGCUAAAAGUGCCCCUAAGGCUCCUAGGAAAAAAGUAGAGGAGGAUGACGAUGACGACGAAGAUGAUGAGGAAGAGGAGGAUGAUGACGAUGAAGAGGACGACGAAUGAAGUUGUACAUUUAUGUGAAUCUCAUAGAGUAGGGGAGCCACCUCCGGCUGCCAUCUUAUAUGAUGGGUCAACUGCCGUUCAUUAGGUUUAAUUGCAAAAAUUGGGUUCUGAUAUCUUAGUUUCAAAACGAUGCUCCUUGGAGUUGUAACUGGUUUACAUUACAUAGCUGUGUGUGUAAAACGAGCAAUCUGAAACUGUAUCAAAGCUGUACAUAUUUCAAAACUUUUUAAAAAGCAAAA